AUUUAAAUGGUUAAUUGGGAACAUGCAGGAAAUUAUCAUAAUUCCCUCUCCCUUAACACACUCAGACACACACGCGCGCGCACGCUCCACGGGCGCACUCGCGGGAGCGCGCAUUCGGAAGUGCGUCAUUUUUAUGGGAAAUCAGCCUGAAACACAGGAUCAAGCCAACAUGAACGAUGCAGAAACUGCCUCUAGAAAGCAUUCAAGUUCACAGGAGUUACAAACUCCCAAAAAUGAGGACUCGUAUGAAAUCUCCAUACCUUUUGAGGAGAACAACUUUGAUCAGCAGGGCGGUUUCUACAACCAGAGUGAACAGAGCUUCGAAGGUAAUGAUCCUCCACCUCCUGCAAGCUCCUAUUUGCUAAUCACAAACCUGCGAACACAGCUACAGAUCUCACUGGAGAAAAAUUCAUGGCUACAGAAACGCAUUGAAGACCUGGAGGAGGAAAGAGACUUUCUGCGCUGCCAGCUUGAUCGCUUCAUAUUCUCCACCAAGAGUCAGGAGAGCAAUGGUAAUGAUCCUCGAAGCUUUUCAUGGAGGAGGCGACGAGAAAAUGAACGUGAUCAGCAAGCAGAGGUCCAGCGUUCAGCCAACCGUCAGUCCUUCUCACAGAGACCUGCCCAGCAGCCGCCAACCAAUGCCAAGGUCAUGAGCACAGGUCCUGGAUCAGUCAGUGCUCAGUUAAAUUCCAUCUUUGGGCCCUCACACUCUCAGCCCCAUCUACAAGGCCUUGGUGGUGGGAGUAGUAGCAGCAGCAGUAAUAAAAACAGAGCCAUGAAUGACUUGCCAGUGUUCCCUCCCUCAUCAGAGUCCCUCUCUCUUUUGGGAGAGGAGGAGGAUGAAUUUUUGGAGGAUGGGUACCUGGAGGAAGAGGAAAUGAUGUCCGGGGAGGAUGUAAUGUCGGAAAACCUGGCUCUGCGGAAUAUGGGAGCUCCUGGGAGACCCAGUGUAGGCCACCCGGCACUGAAGAGGAGGAGAGUCUUCAGAAUAGCCAGAGGGCGAGAGAGACAAAGAGUGAAAGAUGCUGCUGGCGUGCUGUUCCGCUAUAAGAAAAUCCUGGUGACGUACCAGCGACUGAAGAACAUGUCUAAGGCCUUCCAGAUCCAUGGUGUGGACCGCAACACAGUAGCAUCCACUACUCCCAUUGCAGAGUUGCUGCUGGUGGCUCCAGAGAAGCUGGCAGAGGUGGGCGAGUUUGACCCCUCCAAAGAGAAGCUCUUGGACUACGCCAGGCGCUGCUAUAUCGCCCUGGACCCACAGACCCUUAGCAAAGUGCAGGCACUGAAGAAGAACAACCUGCUACUGCCAAUCUCUUACAGGUUGAAAGGAACAGAGGCGCGGUAAUUGGACAAGAGUGAGUGGCUUCUGUCCUGCUGUAUCAUAGAAUCCCUCACUGUAUUUUAAUGUACCAUAGAAGACAUGUUCACUCUCUCAACCUCUCCUUUCUACUGUUUAGAUCAGGUGUUCUCUGAAUCAAGGCUGCUGUAGCAGCAUACUGUAUUACCUCUGUUCUUCACUACAAUGCGCUCUCACAUAGAGCUGAAAAAAAGCUAGGCUUCCUCCAGAAUGCUCACCGGAUGGCCGUUGCGGUAGAGACUGUGUCACUUGUAUCUGUGAGCAUCUUUCAGUCCUGUGUAGAAACUAGCUCUAUGGUGUCACGUGUUGUUCUGAAGUACUGAAGUAUUGUAUCAGGGGUUUCUAAACUCCAUUCCAUGAGGCCAGUGUGUGUUAUCGUCUGUUUUUGUGUGUAUGUGUUGGUUGUACAUUUCUUUCAGCACAGACCUGACUGAAAAACUGUUUUUCCUAGCCUGAAAAAGUGUUGUGUGUGUGUGUGUGGUGUGCUGAAAAGCAGUGCAUACACUGGUUGACACUGUGUGAACGUAAACUGACAUAAGCACCUCUUUCCUUAGGCCUGCAUGGCCUGACCUCCUGUAUGGCUGAAUCAUGGUUGUGUUAGUGCAUGAAAAUACCUGUCAUGAGUCACAUGACCUGUCUUUUGUUAGACACACCAGUGACUGUUAAGUAUGUGAAAAGCCCAGGAUGGAAAUCCAGUUGGUAAGCUAAUAAGGGUACAACUAUAGUAUAGCAUAGUUCAGGUGUGUUUGCAGAUCAUAUGACCUUGCUGUGUGUAUGUGUUUGCGUGCAUGUGUGUGUGUGUGCGUGCGUGCGUGUUUGUGUACGGUUGUAGAGCAGACUACUUAAAGUUAAUCUGACUUUCCACAGUUCAGGAAGAUGCCAGAAGCUAGCUGAGUGAACGCACUCAUCACAUCACAGUCAUUCUCCUCAUCAGACAGUGUAUUAGCUUGUACCUCGAUGUCCACCACCAUUAAUUACGGGUUGGGGCUGUUGUAGAUUUCAGUUUUGCCUCAGGAACCAAUCAUUUUCUGUAGACGUUACUGUCUAGUUUUAUCUCGUAACUCUGUGAAAAUUAAUGGCUGUAGUGUUAUUUUCUGCAACUUGUUUUUUUUUUUUCAUGUUUUAUCUCACUAAAAGUUGAGAAUAGCCAAGAAACCAUUUACUUAUUGCUGUUUUGUCAUGCUGAAAGAGAAAGAAACUGAUCUGUUCCUGUUGAUUGUCUAAUUAUAAAUGACACUAAAGCGAUUUCUUACUGAA